AGACUCUUCUCUGAGAAAGGAGGGCCAGCAGAUGCCAGUAACUCAUCUUUGGGAUCUCCUGAAUAAGAGCUAUGAGAUGCCCUGACUGGGAAGGUGCUCCGGAACUCAGGUUGAUGUUGGCCCAGAAUGGAUCAAACCUGUGAACUGCCCAGAAGAAAUUGUCUGCAGCCCUUUUCCAAUACAGUGGAUUUAGAUGCCCCUGAAGAAAAGGACACCCCUUUCGGUAAUGGUCAAUCCAAUAUUUCUGAGCCUCUUAAUGGGUGUGCUAUGCAGUUAUCGGCUGCCAUUAAUAGUGGAACAUCCAAAAUUACUUAUGGACAAAAUCCAUCAUCUUGUUACAUUCCACUGCGGCGACUACAGGAUUUGGCCUCCAUGAUCAAUGUAGAAUAUUUAAAUGGGUCUGCUGAUGGAUCAGAAUCCCUUCAGGACCCUGAAAAGAGAGAUUCAAGAUCUGGGUCACCAAAUGUUUGCACUUCCUUGAGUCCUGGUGAUCCAAGAGCACUUGCUAUGAAACAGGAACCCACUUAUAAUGACUCCCCUGAGUUCAAGGUAAAAAUGACAAAGACUGUCAAGAAUGGGAUUCUACACUUUGACAAUUUUGUUUGUAUGGAAGAUGCAGAUACAGAUAUAGAGUCUGAAAUGGACACAGAGCAGCCAGGCACAGAGGAUGACAGUAUAGACGAAAACUUUGAGAAAACAAGGCAAGACCUAACUAAGACAAAUUCUACCUGCAAUUACAAGCCCCAAUCAGAGAAUGGUAUAGAAGUGCUCAUGGGAAUUGAACAAGACAGCCCAACAGAAAGUUGUGAAAUAAAGUCACCAGUUUUACCAUUAGCUCCUCAAAACGAAAUGCAGAAAAAUAAUCAAAGAACUGCCAUGGACAGCAGAAUUGAAAAGCCAGAGCUUCACCCAGGCCCCUGUUCACUAGGAGAUACAAAUAUUACAUUAGAAGAACAAUUAAACUCCAUAAAUUUAUCUUUUCAGGAUGAUCCAGACUCCAGUACCAGUACAUUAGGAAACAUGAUAGAAUUACCUGGAACAUCAUCAUCAUCUACUUCACAAGAAUUACAAUUUUGUCAACCCAAGAAAAAGCCUGCUCCCUUGAAGUACGGAGUUGGACAACUUGUCUGGGCAAAAUUCAACAGACGUCCAUGGUGGCCCAGCAGAAUUUGUUGUGAUCCAUUGAUGAACACUCACUCAAAAAUGAAAGUUUCCAGCCAGAGGCCUUAUCGGCAGUACUACGUGGAAGCCUUAGGAGACCCUUCUGAAAAAGCCUGGGUGGCAGGAAAAUCGAUUGUCCUAUUUGAAGGAAGACAUCAAUUUGAAGAGCUUCCUGUACUGAGGAGAAGAGGCAAACAGAAAGAAAAAGGCUACAGACAUAAGGUUCCUAAGAAAAUCUUGAGUAAGUGGGAAGCUAGCGUUGGACUUGCUGAGCAGCGAGAAGUUCCUAAGGAUUUUAAGGUCAGAAAGCGUAUCAGAACUUCAACGAAACUUGACAGUGAGGAAGAUAUGCCCUUUGAGGAUUGUACAAAUGAUCCUGAAUCAGAGCAUGAGCGAGUACUGAAUGGCUGCCUGAAAUCACUAGCCUUUGACUCUGAAACCUCUUCAGAUGAGAAGGUGAAGCCGUGCACUAAGUCUCGAGUCAGAAAGAGAUCCACAAGCCUCAAAAGGACUAGUAUGAAAAAAAGCAGCAUACCAUUUGAAGCUCAUAAAGAAGAAAGAAGGGAAAAGAUGACAGAGACUCUUGGCCUGAACUAUAUUUCUAGUGAUGUGUCUGAUAAGCAAGCUUCUACUGAACUAUGCAGAAUAGCAAGCAGUCUUACAGCAGCAUCCAACAACACCACAACAAACUACUUGUUUUCUUCACGUGGGAAAACCACUAUGAAAAAAGAGUUUGAGACUUCAAAUUGUGAUUCUCUGCUUGGUUUGUCUGAGAGUGUUUUGAUUUCUAGCAGUUCUGUGGAGAGAAAAAAACCACUCCGCAGCAUGGUUCCCAUUGCAAAGUCAUCCCGCCUGUGCUAUAUCAGUACUGGUGAUGAGGAAAAGAGAAGUGAUUCAGCCAGUUUAUGGACUACCUCUGAUGAUGAGAGCAGUGACAGUGAUCUGGAUCCAGUUGAUCAAAGUUCUGAGUCUGAUGAAAGUGCUCUAGAAAUCGCUGGCUCUUUUGAUAAGAAUGAAAGUGAGCUACCUAUGGAGAAAAAUGAAAAGGUUAAAUAUUCCAGGUAUCGCACAAAGAACACUAGAGAAACAGCAAGAAAGAAGUCUAGAAAAACUAGUUCACACCUAGACCAGUUGUUAGAUUGUACUAAAGCUCCUGACCCUGGGAGUGAAGAAUCUCAAGGUGCUGAUUCUGAUUCCAAAAUGCCCAUCAUUGCCAUAAACGACAAUCUUUCCACCAAAUAUACCAUGCCACAAAGCAUUUCCCAUGAGAAUUCUUUCAUAAAGAGUGGGCUUACUAAUCAACCUCUGUUACAAUCAAAACAUAACAAACAGCCUAAAGCCAGGAAUAUAAAAUGCAAACACAAAGAGAACCCUACUGCAGUUGAACCAUCUGUUUUAGAGGAGGAUUUCAGUUUAAAGUGCUGUUCUUCUGAUUCCAAAGGGUCUCCUUUAGACUGUGUUGUCAAAAGUGGGAAGCUUGAUAGUCUAAAACUACUGAGCAACAUGCAUGAGAAACCCAGGGAUUCUGCAGAAAUUGAAACAGCUGUUGUAAAACAUGUUCUAUCAGAGUUGAAAGAACUGUCUUAUAGAUCCUUAAAUGAUGACAUAAAUGACUCUGGAUCAUCUAAAAUAAACAAACCUUUACUUUUUCCUUCAUCUGGUCAAAAUCGUUUGCCAAUUGAGCCAAACUACAAAUUCAGCACCUUAUUGAUGAUGUUGAAAGAUAUGCAUGAUAGUAAGACCAAGGAACAGCAGCUAAUGACUACUCAAAAUGUGGUCUCCUAUCGUAGUCCUGGCCUUGGGGACUGUUCCAGCAACAGUGCUGCAGCUGGCUCAAAGUCACUGGUUUCAGGGGGCUUAACUCAUAAGGCUGAAAAAAAUGGAGAUUGUAUUCAGGACUCAAUCUGUCAAAACCCUGGUGGGAGUGAGUCUUCUCUCACCCGAGAGUCAUCUGGAACUUUAACUGGAUUGCUCGCUAAGAAAAGAAGGCUCACUGCUUCUGGUAAACGUCGAGCAAACUGUAUUACCCGGCGAAAUUGUGGAAGAUCCAAGUCAUCUAAACUGCAGGAUGGCUUCUUGGCACAAAGGGAAAAGGACACUAUAGAGAGCAAAGACUUAAAAUCAGAAAGGAAAAGGAAGCUAAACCAGACACCUAGUAUGACCACUGAGACUGCACUGGGUGAAUGCAAAGAUGUUCCAGGUUCAAUAAAUAAGUCUCUAAGCAGCAGGCCUGCAGAAUCGAAGAGAAAGCAGUCUCUUCAGUUAAUGGAACAUUUAACAGGUGAAGACUGUGCACAUUUUUCUGAUGUCCAUUUUGAUCCCAUGGUUAAAAAAUCUGACCCUGAUAAAAAUCCUGAAAAGUGCCCCUCUUUUGAAAAUGGGGAAGUCCUAGAGCUGGACUCUGAAAUGAACAGUGAAAGCUCCCUAAGUGAUGAAUCUAAUGAUGUAAACCAUGUGGCACCCAAAAAGCGGUGGCAGCGUUUUAACCAAAGCAGAGCUAAAACCAGUAAGCGCAUCAGUAGAUCUAGUAGGGAAAAGAACUCAAAGAGUGCCUUUGGGGGCCUGCACCCUUGUGACUUUCUGCUGGAGGGGAAUGAGGGCCCAGAGGAUAGGCCUUCCAGCCCUUCCAAGGUGCUAGAGGAAGAAAUUAAACAGAAUUGUGAGGGUCACUUAGAAAUAGUUGUGCCACAGUUGAAUGUGUGUGAUAAGCCAAACAAUGAUGGGCUGCACAGAGAAUCAGGGCUUUCCAAUUUUCCUCCACAGCCUGAGCUCUCCACACAAGCUGCACGCUCAGAAAAGAAACGUCUUAGGAGGCCAAGCAGGUGGCUUCUGGAAUAUACAGAGAAAUAUGAUCAGAUAUUUGCCCCCAAAAAAAAACAAAAGAAGGUGCAGGAACCGUUGUCUAAGGUAAGUUCCCUAAGAGAAAAUGAAGCCCAGACUACACAGUGCCAAUCUAGCACUGAUGUCCAGAAUAAGCCAGUGGAAGAGAGCUCUUCAACCAAAGAGGACCCUCCUGUCCUUGAGAGAGAGGCUCCAUUUUUGGAAGGACCAAUAGGUCAGUCUGAAGUUGGAGGUGGAAAUGCAGAGUUGCCAGAACUGACCUUGUCUGUGCCAAUCACACGCGAAGUUUCUUCUUGGUCUUCACUGGAUCCAGAGGAACCAUUACUGAAACCAAGAAAUUAUGAAAGUAAGCGUCAGAGGAAGCCAACAAAAAAGCUCCUUGAAUCCAAUGAUUUGGACCCUGGAUUUAUGCCCAAAAAGGGGGAUUUGACACUCCUUAGAAAGUGUUAUAAUACUGGUCACUUGGAGAAUGAUAUUUCUGGAUCAUGUACAACGCUCACAUCUUUGGAGUUUGGUGAAGGUACAAACAAGGUCUUUGAAAAACAAAGGAAGCGAAAGAGACAGAGACAUGUUCCUGCACAUUGCAAGAAAGUGAGAAAUGAAGACUCUUCACGGGAAGCUCAAAACUCUGAGGGAGAACCAAUUACUCCUGGGACCACUGCAAGCCCCAAAGAUGCCAUAGAAGAGAGUGUGGAACAUGAUCAUGGAAUGCCUGUAUCUAAAAAGAUGCAGGCUGAACGUGGUGGAGGAGCAGCUCUCAAGGAAAAUGUUUGCCAGAACUGUGAGAAAGUGGGAGAGUUGUUGCUGUGUGAGGCGCAGUGUUGUGGCGCCUUCCACCUGGAGUGUAUUGGCCUGACAGAGAUGCCAAAAGGCAAAUUUAUCUGCAAGGAAUGUCGAACAGGAAUUCACACCUGCUUUGUGUGUAAAACCAGUGGAGAAGAUGUUAAAAGGUGUUUACUGCCUCUUUGUGGAAAGUUUUACCAUGAAGCCUGUAUACAGAAAUAUCCACCAACUGUCCUACAGAACAAGGGUUUUCGGUGCUCUCUUCACAUGUGUAUAACCUGUCAUGCUGCUAAUCCAGCCAGUCUUUCUGCAUCUAAAGGUCGCCUAAUGCGCUGUGUCCGGUGUCCUGUGGCUUACCAUGCCAAUGACUUCUGUCUGGCUGCAGGGUCAAAGGUCCUUGCAUCAAAUAGCAUCAUCUGUCCUAAUCAUUUUGCCCCUCGGAGGGGUUGCAGGAAUCAUGAACAUGUUAAUGUUAGCUGGUGUUUUGUAUGCUCAGAAGGGGGAAGUCUUUUAUGCUGUGACUCUUGUCCUGCUGCAUUUCAUCGAGAAUGUCUGAAUAUUGAUAUCCCUGAGGGCAACUGGUAUUGCAAUGACUGUAAGGCAGGCAAAAAACCGCACUACCGAGAGGUUGUCUGGGUAAAAGUUGGCCGAUACAGGUGGUGGCCCGCUGAAAUUUGUCAUCCUCGAGCUAUUCCUUCCAAUAUUGAUAAGAUGAGACAUGAUGUUGGUGAAUUUCCAGUUUUAUUUUUUGGCUCAAAUGAUUACUUGUGGACCCAUCAGGCCCGUGUCUUUCCCUACAUGGAGGGAGAUGUCAGUAGCAAGGACAAGAUGGGCAAAGGAGUUGAUGGGACAUAUAAAAAAGCUCUUCAGGAAGCUGCUGUCCGUUUUGAGGAAUUAAAGGCCCAGAAAGAGCUAAGACAGCUCCAGGAAGACAGAAAAAAUGACAAGAAACCACCACCCUACAAGCAUAUCAAGGUGAACCGUCCAAUAGGCAGAGUUCAGAUCUUUACUGCAGACCUGUCAGAAAUUCCCCGAUGUAACUGCAAAGCUUCAGAUGAAAACCCCUGUGGCAUUGACUCAGAGUGCAUUAACCGAAUGCUCCUAUAUGAGUGCCAUCCUACUGUCUGUCCUGCGGGUGGACGCUGCCAGAACCAGUGCUUCUCAAAACGCCAGUAUCCUGAGGUUGAAAUCUUCCGUACAUUACAGCGAGGCUGGGGCUUACGGACAAAAACAGAUAUUAAAAAGGGUGAAUUUGUAAAUGAGUAUGUGGGAGAGCUAAUAGAUGAAGAGGAGUGUAGGGCUCGAAUCCGUUAUGCCCAAGAACACGACAUCACCAAUUUCUACAUGCUAACUUUGGAUAAGGACCGGAUUAUUGAUGCUGGCCCCAAAGGAAAUUAUGCUCGGUUUAUGAAUCAUUGUUGCCAGCCCAACUGUGAAACUCAGAAGUGGUCUGUCAAUGGAGAUACUCGAGUUGGGCUUUUUGCCCUAAGUGACAUCAAAGCAGGUACUGAACUCACCUUCAACUACAAUCUAGAGUGUCUAGGAAAUGGAAAAACUGUUUGCAAAUGUGGAGCACCAAACUGUAGCGGUUUCUUGGGUGUUCGGCCAAAGAAUCAUCCCAAUCCCACAGAAGAGAAAUCCAAGAAACUAAAAAGAAAACAACAGGUAAAGCGCCGAUCCCAGGGUGAGAUUACAAAGGAGAGAGAAGAUGAAUGUUUCAGCUGUGGGGACGCAGGGCAGCUGGUAUCCUGCAAGAAACCAGGUUGCCCCAAAGUCUAUCAUGCUGACUGCCUCAACUUGACGAAAAGGCCUGCAGGGAAAUGGGAGUGUCCAUGGCACCAGUGCGAUGUUUGUGGAAAAGAAGCUGCAUCUUUUUGUGAGAUGUGCCCUAGUUCCUUUUGCAAGCAACACCGAGAGGGAAUGCUGUUCAUCUCUAAACUGGAUGGUCGCCUGUCUUGUACAGAGCAUGAUCCAUGUGGCCCCAACCCUCUGGAGCCUGGGGAGAUCCGUGAGUACGUGCCUCCCCCUGUGCCGCUGACUUCAGGUGCAAACACUCAGCUAGCAGAGCAGCCUCCUGAGAUUCCUGCUCAAAGACCCCUGAUGGUGGACAAAGCCCCUGGGGCAAUGGGCCAAAGGCUCCAGCUGUCAGAGAAAACAUUAGUAGGAACAUGUCAGAGGCCACAGUUGUCUGAUAAACCACUUGUGAUGCCUGACUCCACACCCCAGUCACCAGAUAAGACCCCUGGAGUAUCAGGGCCAAGACCUCAGCCCUUAGAAUUAGGCCAGAGGCCAGCAGACACAUCUCUUGUAGUGUCAAGCCCCAGACCUCAACUAUCUGACAAACCUCCAUUGUCAGGCCCAAAACCCCCACCAACAGUUAGGUCCUCGGUAGCAGCUGGCCUCAGGUCCCAACUGUUGGACAGACCUCUAGCUUUAGCCAGCCCAAGGUCUCAAUCUUUGGAUAAGUCUUUGGGUUCUCUCAGCUCAAAGUCUCAGCAACUAGACAGGCCUGUAGUUACUACUGGACCGAGACUCCAGGCGUCAGACAAGUCCCCAGUGACAAAUGGCCCAAAGCCCCAGACCUCAGACAAGCCCCCAGUGACAACUGGACCUAAACCCCAGACCUCAGACAGGCCCCUUGCCCCUUUGGGCCAGAGACUCCCACCUUCAGAAAAAGUGCUGUCAGCUGUAGUCCAGAACCUUGUAUCUAAUGAAAAAGCACUAAGGCCUGUGGACCAAAAUACUCGGCCAAAAGAUCGAGCUACUAUGGUUAUUGAACUGAGUCCUCGUCAAAAGGAACGAGCAGCUUCACCUCAUGAAAUUACACCCCAGUCCACUGAAAAAUUACCAGUGCUGGAGCAGAGUCCCUGGCCUGUUAACAAAGCACUGGGACAAAUGCCUCGGGCAGCUGAGAAAGUUCACCCUUCCGAACCAGUCCUCCAAGCAUCUGGAAGAGCUUCAGUCCCUGUGGAACACACCUGGCAGGCUGGCAAAACACUCAUACAAGCCAGACUGAUCCCGCGGCCCCCUGCCAAGGGUUACUUGUUUGAACAGGCUCCUCGGGCCACAGGACGUGCACCUGUGUCAGUGGAGCAGAGCUCUGGGUCAUUCGGCAAAGCCUUAGCCUCAGGAGAGCCCAUGGCUGGAUCCCCACAACCCCCAGGGCUUGCCACAAAAGCAACACCAUUGAUGGUGCAAUCCCCUAGGCCCCCUGUCAAAUCACCAGACCUUGUUCCCCCAACAGAGAAACGAUCAGCAGUGACAGAGCACCCCCCCUGGGCUCUGGGGAAAUCCCCAGCAGGGUCCACUCCCUGGCCUGUGGGCAAAGUGCUGACUGCAGCCAAGCUGAGUCCUGGUCCUACUGGGGCAGACCAGCCAUUGGCACAGACUUGUCGGUCACCUGGGAGUCCACAGACAUUGGCACAGACUUGUCGGCCCCUUGGCAAAGGGCUACUCAAAGGGCCAGACCCUAAGCCUGAGCAAAGUGCAGUACCAGCUCUUAACCAGACCCCUUCCAGCCAUGAGCCUGCAGAGUCAAAACAGAAGUGAUGAUAGUAAAUGCCAUGUGGCCAGACAAGGUUUGCCCGCUGGGGUAUUGUUUGGGGAGGGAAGUCUUUUCUUUCUCUCUCUUUCUUUUUUUUAAAAAACAAAAAACACACACAAAAAAAACCAACAUCCCUUUUCCAUUGUCAUCCUUCCUAUAUUCCCCAGUUCUCAGAAACUCUUGUGACAUUAGCCAGUGGGGGUGGCUUGAGUUAUCAAUGUACCAAAUUCUAAGUGGGGGCCCCCAACCAAGGAGACAGACUGUGGUCCUUUUUCCUUCUUUUUACAUAUGGUAAACUUGAAAUAAAAAUUCCACUCUGGA